GUGCUCAAGGGGCCAUAAGUGAUAAGCAAUAAGCAACCCCACAACUUCAAAUAAGGUUUUCUUCUUUCUCGCUUUCUUUUCUUCAGGGGGAAAGAAAGAGAGAAGAAGAUACUUUUUUGAAAAAAAAAAAGUUGUUUAAGAAUGGCGAAUAAUGCUAUUAUUGGUAUUUGUGCGGUGUUUCUGGUGGCCUUGGUGGUAGCCGUGGUGGUGGGUGUUACGCACAUAAAAAACAAGAAUGAUGGUGAAGAGAUAUCGAGUUCGAACAAAGCCGUGCAAGCCCUAUGUCAACCCACGAAUUAUAAAGAGACGUGCCAGAAAAGCUUGGCGUCGUCAAAUUCUAGCGACGUUAAGGAGCUGAUAAGGACAGGUUUCCAAGCCGGGCUAGUUGAGAUAAAGAACGUGCUAGCCCAUUCAGUGACGGUCCAAGAGUUGAUCAAGGAUGAGAACAACAAAGCGGCACUUGGUGUUUGCCAAGAGGUGUUGGACUUAGCCAUUGAUGACUUUCAAAAGUCAUUCGACAUGCUAGGGGAAUACGACAUGAGCAAGAUCGGAAAAUACCUUUUGGAACUAAAGACCUGGCUAAGCGGUGCAUUCACGAGUCAACAGACAUGUAUAGACUCAUUCGCGGAAUCAAGUAACGAAUCAUCGCAGAAGAUGCAAUCAAUCUUGAAGACUAGCAUGGAGAUUACUAGCAAUGCUUUAGCGAUGCUUAAUGGGUUAUCCACCAUCGUGAAGGAACUUAACAUUCCAAACAUCGGCAACAUCGACACCACGGGGGUCAACCGUAAGCUUUUGUCGGCUGAGGAUAUGCCUGAGUGGAUUAGUCAAGCUGACCGAAAACUUCUUCAAGCAAAACCAAUGGAUUUGAAACCUAACGUUGUGGUUGCUAAAGAUGGUAGCGGGAAAUAUGAUACUAUUAACAAGGCAUUGGCUGAAGUCCCUGUGAAAAGUCCCGAUCGAUUUGUUAUUCACAUUAAGGCUGGUACUUACAAGGAGCAAAUCAACUUGACCAAGAAGAUGACUAAUGUUGUAUUCAUUGGUGAUGGCCCAACCAAGACCAUUAUCACAAAUGACAUUAGCGUCGUUAAGAAUCCACCGGUUAGAACAUACCGCACUGCAACUGUUGCUGCGGAUGGGGCUGGUUUCAUGGCCAAGGACAUUGGAUUCGAUAACUCAGCAGGACCCGAAGGUCAUCAAGCAGUUGCCUUUAGGGCCACUGCUGAUAGGGUCAUCAUGUUCAACUGCCAUUUCACUGGGUACCAAGACACUCUCUAUGCUCACAGAGAGAGACAGUUAUAUAGCAACUGUCUCAUCACCGGAACGGUGGAUUUCAUCUUCGGGGAUGCGGCGAGCAUUUUCCAGAACUGUAUGCUCGUCGUGAGGAAGCCAGGGCCAGGCCAAAACUGCAUGGUUACUGCACAAGGAAGGAAUGAUCUUGGAACAAACUCAGCCAUUGUGCUUCAAAACUGCACCAUCUCGGGUGCCCCUGAUUACAUCCCAGUGAAGGAUACGAACAAGGCGUACUUGGGGCGUCCUUGGAAACAAUUUGCUAGGUCCAUCAUAAUGCAAUCUAGGAUCGACGACAUCAUUCAACCAGAGGGUUAUGCCCCCAUGACAGGCACCAUAGGAAUAGACACUUCUUUCAUUGCCGAGUUUGGAAACAGGGGACCCGGUGCCGAUACCAGCCGUAGGGUAGCAUGGAAAGGUAUCAAAAAGAUAGAUAUAAAUGAAGCCAACAAAUGGACUCCUCGCGUCUUUCUCGAAUCCGAGACUUGGAUUCCGAGUUCCGGCGUUCCCUAUAGUCCCGACAUGGUCCCUGGAGUCUAAACAUCUUAUUAUCGAUACCAACGCCAUUAAUAUGUUUAUUAUCAUAUCAUUUUUCUAAUUAUGUCAUUUUUUUACUAAUUAAUUAAACAAUUUUUUAAUCUUUUAUCUAUCUAUGUAUAUAUGUU